CUGGGCAACAAAAGGAGUUAUGUCUGCCCCGGGCAGCUCAAUCUGUGUGAACGGUGGUCGUGCGGGAUGAACCGUUACUGGAGCUGGAAACCUGGUCUUUCUUUCUUUCUGUGUGUGUGUGUGAGAGAGAGACAAGAAAUCACGAUUGCGGCGGUUACUGGGCUGAAGGCUUUGAGAGGAUUGAGGGGAAAGAAUUACAAACACUCCUGACUGUUCUAGUUCUGAAACUAUGGAAGCCACAAGCAUGUUGCCCAUACUGAAGAAAAGGCUAGCCUUUCUCUCAGGUGGCAAAGACAGAAGAAGUGGCCUUAUCCUAACAAUUCCAUUAUGUUCAGAGCAAACAAACAUGGAUGAGCUAAGUGUCACUUUGGAUUACUUGCUCAGCAUUCCAAGUGAUAAGUGUAAAGCCAGAGGCUUCACAGUUAUAGUGGAUGGCCGGAAAUCUCAAUGGAAUGUAGUGAAGACGGUUGUGCUGAUGCUGCAGAAUGUGAUUCCUGCUGAGGUGUCUUUAGUCUGUGUGGUGAAACCAGAUGAAUUCUGGGACAAGAAAGUGACUCAUUUCUGCUUCUGGAAGGAGAAAGAUAGACUUGGAUUUGAGGUAAUUUUGGUGUCUGCCAACAAGCUUACACGCUAUAUAGAACCAUGCCAGUUAACUGAAGAAUUUGGAGGUUCACUUUUGUAUGAUCACAUAGACUGGCUGAAUAAAAGACUGGUCUUUGAAAAAUUCACAAAGGAAUCAACAUCAUUGCUAGAUGAGCUGGCUCUAAUUAAUAAUGGAUCUGAGAGAGGCAAUCAACAGGAGAAAGAAAGACCUGUGGAAUACAGUUUUCUUCCUUCCGUGGAUCCAGAAACGGUUUUACAAACAGGUCAUGAACUCCUAUCAGAAUUGCAACAGCGCCGCUUUAAUGGGUUAGAAGGAGGUAUGUCAUGGUCCCCAAUGGACGACGAAUUGUUAGCUCAGCCCAAAGUAGUGAAACUACUGGAUUCUUUACGAGAACAAUAUACUAGAUACCAAGAAGUCUGCAGACAGCGUAGUAAACGUACGCAACUAGAGGAAAUACAGCAAAAAGUUAUGCAGGUUGUGAACUGGUUGGAAGGACCUGGGUCAGAACAACUGAGGACUCAAUGGGGAAUAGGGGAUUCAAUUCGAGCUUCCCAAGCUUUGCAGCAAAAACAUGAGGAAAUCGAAAGCCAGCACAGUGAAUGGUUUGCAGUAUAUGUGGAACUUAAUCAGCAGAUUGCAGCACUGUUGAAUGCAGGGGACGAGGAGGAUUUGCUUGAACUAAAAGCCCUGCAACAGCAGCUUAGUGAUGUUUGCUAUCGCCAGGCCAGUCAACUGGAGUUCAGACAGAAUGUGCUGCAGACAGCUCUUGAAUUCCAUGGUAUUGCUCAGGAUUUGUCCCAGCAGCUGGAUGGAUUACUUGGGAUGCUUUGUGCUGACGUGGCACCAGCUGAUGGAACUGCUAUUCAACAAACGUUAAAACUUCUAGAAGAGAAGCUAAAGAGUGUUGAUACUGCUUUACAGAAUUUACAGGAAAAAGGUCAAGGUCUUUUAGACCAGAUGACAUCCCAGGCUCCGUGGACAUUUGGAAAGGAUGUUUCCAUUGAAAAUAAAGACAAUAUAGAACAUAUUCAAGGACUAAUGGAAGAUAUGCAACUUCGGAAACAAAGAUGUGAAGAUAUGGUGGAUGUCCGGAGACUGAAAAUGCUUCAGAUGGUGCAGCUAUUUAAAUGUGAAGAAGAUGCAGCACAGGCAGUUGAAUGGCUAAAUGAACUAUUGGAUGCCCUCCUGAAAACUCAUAUCAGACUAGGAGAUGAUGCACAGGAAGCCAAAGUACUCCUGGAAAAGCACCGUAAAUUUAUUGAUGUUGCCCAGAGCACCUACGAUUAUGGAAGACAGUUGCUGCAGGCCACAGUGGUGCUGUGUCAGUCUCUACGGUGCACCACAAGAUCAUCAGGCGAGACACUACCAAGACUGAACAGAGUCUGGAAACAGUUUACUGUGACAUCAGAAGAACGGAUUCACAGACUGAACUUAGCUUGUGCAUUUAACUUGGCUGCUGAAAAGAUACUAAAAGAUAACUCACAACUAGAGGAGCACACUGAAGCCUGGAAGGAGUUUCUGGAAAGAUUUGAUGAAGUUGAAGUCACUGGAAAAUCAUUAUUAGACAGAUUAACAGUGCCUGUGAUUUAUCCUGAUGGAUCGGAGCAGUACUUUGGAAGUCCAAGUGACAUGGCCUCUACAGCAGAACAUAUCCGAGAAAAGAUGCGACUGGUUAGCCAAAAGAAGCCACAGAUGCCAGAACACGUUCCAAAGGACAGUUAAUGGAUCAGCCUUUUUAGUGUAUUGUCAAAAGCAAGACUGGAAUCACCUCCUCAGCAUACCAUUGAGAUAAUAGAAAUUUGUUUUGCAUAUGAUGGAACUAUUUACACUGGAAAAUGGGUUUGCAUUCCAAGUGUGCAUAAACUGUGAAAUUUUGAUAAUGGACCUUGAAGCAAUUUUUGUGUACAACAUGUGCAGUUAUACUUUGGAAAAUAAGCCUGAUAUCCUAUCUGUGCAUUAUAUGUGUAGAAUUAUUGCAGAAAUACAUUCUGCAAGUGAGAGAAACGGACUCCACUCCAUGCAUAUUCUGCACAGCUUGCAUUUGAAUACAGGCCGUUAUCAGCUUUGACUGUAGAAGCCAUAUUGACUAAUUAACGUUGUUGCAAUGGUAUUAAGAUCUGACAAUAACGUAAUAUUGGAAUUGAAAGCAUUGCACUGAAUUGAGUUCUUACCCCUAGAGCUUUUCAGUCCUGUCAACUGUUAAGUUUAGUGGUUGGUACAAAAGCUUAAUGGUGCUACAAAAUAUUUUAGAAUGUCCAUGGACUAAGCAGUCCUUUUUACUGUUCUUAGACAGAUGCAGUGGUACUUUUUGGCUUUUAUUAUAUCUGUUCAUAGAUGUUGAUAAAAUAUUUCCCUUGCAGUUAAUGUUUUAUUUUUUUUAAUUUGCAGCUUUAAUUUGUGCCAAUAUGAAAUGUACAUUUCAAUGCCUUUGCUAUAAUUUCUUUGUUUUUCAAUACCUAAUCUGUUUUACAUAUUACAGUAAUUACAUAUUACAUGAUAUUUGAUGAUAAGGAGCUUUAAAAUACAGAUAAAUAACUAUGUUUUGACAGCCCAACAUUUCAAGUUGCAAU